GGAAUCCCCUUUUGUUUCGGAAUACCUGUAGCGAAUGUGUCGUUCUGCAGAAUAGCUGCAUUUCAUGGGGAAAUACCCGGUUCUGAUUAUUUCUGGCACUGUUCUCUGAAAUUGAAAUCAAGGCCAUGGACUUGCAUAUUUCCACGGAUUGGAAGGGUAAUAAGUUUGACCAUGAUCUCAUCCAUUUCAGUCUCGGUAAUGAAGAAAGCGGACUUGUUGUCAACAUCAAUGCACCAUUCUUCAACGAUCCAAAAAAUCCUGGAGGCAAUCGAGGAGAGCCAUUUGAUGAAUUGUGGGAAUUUGAGGUUGUUGAACUCUUUUUUCUGGACGACCAAAAAGAAGAGUAUUUAGAGGCAGAAUUUUGUCCCCAUGGCCAGCAUCAAGUCCUCGUUCUGAAAGGUUGCAGGAAGCCAUGGAAACUCAACCUUGAAUUAAAAGACUUCGAAUCAAGAAUAGAAGGAAACUCCUGGACUGGAAAAGCAAUUCUCCCAUGGGGGUAUUUUCCAGAAAACGUCAACAAACUGAAUGCAUUUGCCAUACAUGGCUCUGGGGAAAAGAGAGCAUAUGAAGCAUUGUACCCAGCCACUGAACCCCACGAAAACCCUGAUUUCCAUCGACUGCAGUAUUUUCAACCAUACAAACUACCAGAGAUAUCAGUUGGAAAGACGAGAGAUAGAAAGAUAUGGGAGUGAAGAUACUUUUAAUUCAGCAAAUUUUUUCAGAGUGCAAUAAUAUUAAUUUAUAAAAUGAAUAGCGUGGCAGUUUGGAUUUGGACAUCAUUUACAGACGGUGCUCGUUUUGAAUUUCAGUUACAAACAAGCAUAAAAUCUACAAAACCAAUAGAUGAACAAAACAAACUGCACAUAUGAUUAUAUAAAUAAAAGGGCAGUCGGUAA